AGGCACCCUUUCCACGUCCUUGACAAGAGGGGAAGAGAAACCUAGAUUGGAUACGUAGUGGGGAAAUGCGUUCUCCCUUUUAAGGUACACGGUGGCGCCCCUUGCUGUCCUGCUUCCUAGACCCCAGAGUCACCGACCUCAGUCCUUCAACUCUCAAGAAUCUGAGGCCGAGGGGGCGGGACCCGGCCUGGGAUUGGCUGUUGCUGGCCGACCCCCUUCCCUGCGGUCCACUUGCGUUCUCCGGCUGGCGUCUGCGCAAUGGACCGGCCGUGGGGGGCGGGAAGCACUUGGGGGCAGUGGAGCCCAUGUCGGCCUUGAGGCGCUCGGGCUACGGCCCCGGUGACGGUCCGUCUUAUGGCCGCUACUACGGGCCUGGGGGUGGAGAUGUGCCCGUGCACCCCCCUCCGCCCAUAUAUCCUCCCCGCCCCGAACCUCCCCAGCCUCCUGUUUCUUGGCGGGUACGCGGGGGCGGCCAGGCUGAGACCACCUGGCCGGGAGAAGGGGGAGGAGGAGAUGGCUACUAUCCCUCUGGAGGCGUCUGGUCGGAGCCAGGUCGAGCUGGAGGAAGCCACCAGGAGCAGCCACCAUACCCUAGCUACAAUUCUAACUACUGGAAUUCUCCUGCGAGACCUCGGGCUCCUUACCCAAGUACAUAUCCUGUGAGACCAGAAAUGCAAGGCCAGAAUUUGAAUUCUUAUACAAAUGGAGCAUAUGGCCCACCAUACCCCACUGGCCCUGGCACAAACCCUGCCUCCUACUCCGGGGCUUAUUACACACCCGGGUAUGCUCAGACCAGUUACUCCACAGAGGUUCCAAGCACUUACCGUUCACCUGGCAACAGCCCAACCCCAGUGUCCCGUUGGAUGUAUCCCCAGCAGGACUGUCAGACUGAAGCACCCCCUCUUAGGGGGCAGGUUUCAGGAUAUCCUGCUUCACAGAACCCUGGAAUGAGCGUGCCCCACUACCCUUAUGGGGAUGGUAACCGUAGUGUUCCACAACCAGGACCCACCGUGCGACCACAGGAGGACGCAUGGGCCCCUCCUGGCACUUAUGGAGUGGGAACCCGCUACCCAUGGCCUGCAGCCUCGCCCUCAGCACCACCUGGGAGUCUCUAUGUGAGCGAAAGUGCUUCGUCAUGGCCUAGCAGUGGCUCUCCUCAGCCACCUCCUUCACCACCACCCCCGCAGCCCAAGGAUUCCUCAUACCCCUAUAGCCAAUCAGAUCAAGGCAUGAGCCGGCACAGCUUUCCUUGCAGUGUCCAUCAGUACGAGUCCUCGGGAACAAUGAACAGUGAUGAUUCAGAGCUUUUGGAUUCCCAAGUCCAGUACAGUGCCGAGCCUCAGCUGUAUGGUCAUGCCAGCAAUGAACAUCCCAGCAAUCAAGAUCCGAGUAAUAAUCUUCCUGACGAGUGUUUAUCUUCAGAUGAAGGGACUCCCCCAAGUAUUAAAAAAAUCAUACAUGUGCUGGAGAAGGUCCAAUAUCUUGAGCAAGAAGUAGAAGAGUUCGUAGGAAAAAAGACAGACAAAGCAUACUGGCUUCUGGAGGAAAUGCUAACCAAGGAACUUUUGGAACUGGAUUCAGUUGAAACUGGGGGCCAGGACACUGUCCGGCAGGCCAGGAAAGAGGCUGUUUGUAAAAUCCAGGCCAUACUGGAAAAAUUGGAAAAAAAAGGAUUAUGAAGGGAUUUAGAACAAAGGGGAAGCCUGUUACUAACUUGACCAAAGAACUCUUGAUUUUGGUUAAUUACCCUCGUUUUGAAAUGCCUGUUGAUGACAAGAAGCAAUACAUUCCAAUUUCGUUCGCUAUAAAACUUGAAAAACUGGUAAAGGACUUGGAAGAAAAGUUGGAUUAUGGGUUGUUUUCAAUUUUCAGACCAAUGAAUGUAAUAGGAAACUAUGGCAUUAUCAAUAUUGUCAAGUAGACUCACCCCUUAAGAAAUGUAUGGGUAUCUGCAAGCUGCUUCUUAUCAGCAGGAGGGAAAUACACUUUAUGUAACAGGCUUAUCAGAAACCUACCAGAUAAGACUGGAUACUAUCUGAGACAAACAAGCUCUGUUUUUUUUUUAAACGUCUGGAUUACUUGUCACAUUUUUGUACAUCGUGACGGCUUUCAACAUACACUUUACGUGUAAAUUACAGCUUGGACUUUAGCUUUCUUGGACCUCUGUUUUGUUUUGUUACUUGCAGUUCACAAAUAUAGUACUAUUCUCUACUUCUUGGUACAUUUUGUAGUAAUAUGUUUAAUAUAAUUACUCAGGAGACUGUAUUGACAGCCAGAGAGUAUGGCAGUUCUGGUUGAAUUUUUAUCUUUUCACCACUUGAGUAUAUUGCAAUGUGUAGUGAGUUCCUGAGGUAGAGUGUCUCCUUUUUUGUAUAGAUCAUUAGGUUAGAGUUUUACCACUUCUGCUUUUCAUGUUAUUUUUGGAAGGUUAAUUUGGUUAAAAUGGCAUGGGUAUAGAAAUGAAAAUGUGGCCAUUUUACUUUUUGCUUUUUUAAUGGUAUUUGGAUGAAGAUCCACUUUAAACUCCACCCCACCCCCCAUCUUUUUACUAUAGCUGUUUCCAUAUGGAGCAACAUGCUAAAUACAAAUGAAAAAUUAAAUGCCACAGCAAGUAGAAAUAAUAAUUGCAAAAGUAAUAAAUACAACCGUUUGGGAAUGCUCUUCUCCAUCUAGAAUAUUAACUUCACCAUCAGGACCCCUAUGGGCAGAUUUCAGCUCAGUUUAUAGUAAGAAACAAUGUGGGUAAAAGAGGAUUCAUGCUCAGGGAAUGAAUCAGCAGCCAUAGCUAGAGUGAGAAAUUAUGUUCAGCUUUUGAAAGGUAGACCUGAUGUUUAUCUUUAUUCCCUUGGAAUAAAUUGCAUAGACAGUAUUGCCUGUUUUUUUUUUUUUUUUUUAAAAGAUGUUUACCACCGCUAAUAACAGUCACAUUAGAGUCAGAUUUAAGGAAGGGAUAAUGAAAGAUCUUAGCUGGGUUUGCUUUGGUAGCCCUAUGCUACCACAUAGAAGUGACUUAGGUAAGUUGCUUUUUACAUCUGAAGUGGGUUCCAGUACACAAUAUCUAUUAUUGCAAAAACUGUUAUUUCUUAAUAAGAUAGCCAACUGAUAAUUUUUUUUUCUUCACUGCCAGGCCUAUUAAUAAAAUAAAUCUAUUAGCCCUUCCCUCUCCUUAUAAACAACACCAAUACAAUCAUAUUAUAUGAUGAGAAGAAAUGGUCGGGUCAUGUGGUUGGUAGAAGUGAUUUUAUGAGAUAAUUUGGUGACAGUUUUUUUGUCUUUUUUUUUUUUUUUUUUUUUUUUGUCCUUUUAGGGCCACUCCUGUGGCAUAUGGAAGUUCCCAGGCUAGGGGUCUAAUCGGAGCUGUUGCUGCCGGCCUACGCCAGAGCCACAGCCACACCAGAUCCAAGCUGUGUCAGCUCAUGGCAACGCCAGAUCCUUAAUCCACUGAUCGAGGCCAUAGAUCGAACCUGCAGCUUCAUGGUUCCUAGUCAGAUUUGUUCCCGCUGCACCACGAUGGGAACUCCGUGGUGACAGUUUUAUUCUAGGAUUUUAAAUUUUGGCCUAAUAGAGGAAUGUUUAAAAGUAAGCUUUUCUAUGAAAAUUUAAAAGUACUUGAAACUAAAUAUUUGGAAGGGGAAGAACCUUAAAACUAAGUUAGCAACCAGUGAGACAGUGACUAAUUCAGGAGAGAAAACUGCUCUUUAACUGAGUGCCCCAGAUACCAGUUUCCCUGGAGUCUUAACGUUAUUUUCCUUGAAGUCUAAAUAACAUGUUAGACACAUAUAUUCAUAUAUAUGUAUGUUUUAAAUUUUUAACAGUUAUGUUUUAAAUUUUGAGAAUUUUAACUCUCCUGAAGUGUUGUAAAAACAACACUCUCCUGAACUGUUGUAAAAACAGUUCGUUUAUACCCUUCAGUCACCAUCCCCUUAUAUUAACAUCUUACAUAAUUGUAGAACGUUUGCCAAGUUAAGAAAGUUGCCUUGAUACAAUGCUAUUAACUAGAGAGUUUUGAAAGUAGAGAUUUUCGUAAUCUUUUCACUAAGGUCCUUCACUGUCUGGGGAUCCAGUCUAGGACCCUGUCUUGCAUUCCACUGUCAUGGCUUCAAAGUGUGACGUUGUGUCAUGACCCCUGAUGUGGUAAUGAACUAUUGGUGUUGUUUACCUUAAUACCACCUAAGGUGGUGUCUCCUAGGCCUCUUGGUUGUAAACUUGCUGUGUUUUCCUUUGUAAUGACUGAGUGUUUGCCAGAAAUAAUUCGAGCUAUGCAAAUGUCCUAUUUGUGCUUAAACUUACCCACUCAUUUUUCUAUCCACUGGCAGACCUUGCUGGUGUCAGUUACUACUGUGGUGUUCCUGUGGUGGCUUUCUCUUUCUCUCAUUCCUUCUACAUUUAUUCAUUGGACUUCUGUGAGGAAGGGCUGUUGCUUCUGGGUUUAUAUUUUUAAUUAUAGUAAGACAUUCAGGAUAAGUACAAACUUAGAACUUAAAGGUAUAAACCAUGUUAAAAUGAUUCCAGAUGCUAAUAUCAAGGAAAGAAAAACUAAAUUGGCAGCCUGUUCCAGAAAAAAAUAGUGAACUUAAAAAGGAAAAUAGUAUUCUUUUUUUUUUUUUUUUUGUGUAUUUGGUUGUUUUUGACAGUAUCGAUUCCAGACUGAAUUAAAAAAUUAUUAUUAUUAUUAUUAUUAUUUAUUAUUUUGGCCAUGCCCAUGGCACAUAGAUGUUCCUGGCCAGGGAGUAAACCCGUGCCACAGCAGUGAUAACGCUGGAUCCUUAAUUCGCUAGGCCACCAGGAAGCUCCCAUAAAAUGUUUUGAUAUUUCACAUCUGGACUUUUAAAAAGUGUCUAUAUUUAUAUUACUUUGGGGAUAAUUUUUGUCAAAAUUGUAAAUACGAUUAUCUAGAUCUGGCAUGUUAGACACAACUAAGUUUUCUUUAUAGUUCCAUAUUGUUCCAAAUAUAAAUGCCAAUAUAAAUACUGAGACAAAUAAGUUCUAAUGAAGUAUCAGCAGAAUGGGCUAUGCUGAUUGCUACAUUGUUGGUGGAGAAUUCUUUUAAAUGCUUUUAAAAAUAGGGUUGGGAGUUCCUGUUGUUACUCAGCGGCUUAAGAACCUACUAGUAUCCAUGAGGAUGAGGGUUCAAUGUCUGGCUCAGUCAGUUAAGGAUCUGGCGCUGCCACAAGCUGUGGUGUAGAUCACAGAUGUGGCUUGGACCUGGCAUUGCUGUAGCUGCCGCUGUGGCUUAGGCCAGCAGCUCCUGCUCCAAUUCAACCCCUAGCCAGGGAACUUCCAUAUCCCUUGGGUGUGGCCCUAAAAAGAAAUAAAAAUAGGGUUUUGAAAACGGUUCUUUAGUUGGUUAAUAUAAUACCUUUAGAAGUAGGCAGUUCUUUUUGUUUUAAAGUUGAAGAGUAUAGAUUAAAUUGGCAUUAAAAAAGUUUGAGGGGGGAUAGAAACUUGAUGACUGAAGUUUUUCUUUUUCUUUUUUUGUCUUUUCUAGGGCCGCACCCGCGGCAUAUGGAUGUUCCCAGGCUAGUAGUCUAAUCAGAGGUGUAGCCGCCGGCCUACGCCAGAGCCACAGCAACUCGGGAUCCGAGCCAUGUCUUCGACCUACACCACAGCUCACGGCAACGCUGGAUCCCCAACCCACUGAGCGAGGCCAGGGAUCAAACCCGCAACCUCAUGGUUACUAGUCAGGUUCAUUAACCACUGAGCCAUGAUGGGAACUCCUGAAGUAUUUCUUUUUCAUCUUUUUUUCUUUUUAAAAAAGUUACAGGUUUAGAGACUCAAUUCUCUGGAACUGAGGAAUUUAAAGAGUCAGUUCUACAAAAAGGAGCAUGUUUCUGUUCCACUCCCAUUUUUCCUUCUACAAAAGUAACCCCUUUCAAGUUGAAUUUAAAAAAAAAUUAUCUCUAGUUUUAAAAAUAACGUAAUUGUAUUGCUUCUUCUUGAUUUAUCAAUUUUAGCUCAUUUAUGCUGAUUUUCUGUUGUAGAGGAGGAAGAUUAGGUCUGUUUCUCUGCCUCUACCAGCCCUCACCCCUCCAGUUUCUCCAUCCAGUUAUAUGGUAAUUCUGUUGUCAGUGACUAGACCAUGUAAAUGCUAACCAGAGCUCAGUCAUACGGUAGACUGUGGUUACUUUCUCUUCCUGAACAACUCCUGGUUCUCCCUGGAGGGAAUCAUUUGUGUUAUGUAUUGUAUUUGCUUAUGUACUCAUGACUCACUUGACCUCAGACCCUCCAUCAUUUGUCUGAAUCUUCUCUUGAGAUGCUGAGACUCCUGAGGAAGCUGUCCUGGCACCUUCUGACUGGAGAGCACGUUAGAUCCUGGCGUGGUGUGGACUUUCAUUCCAGGGGUUCUUUCCGCCUCCUUUGUUGGAUUCUUCCGUCCUUCUCUUUCUUAGUUUAUUCCCUCAUUUUGGUAGAGCAUGUUCUCCAGUAGCUUCCUGGAAAAGGGUGCAUAGGAAAUCACUUUUUUACAUCUUGCGUAUUUGAAAGUUUUCAUGAUCCUUUGUUUAUUACUUGAUUUUUCUUCUUGGAAGCUUGUAGGAUAUUUUUGUCUUCUCUGUUCUAAAAUUUCCUUUCAGGAUAAUGAUGGUGUGCAUCUGUUUUUGUUCAUUUUUCUGGGCACAUUUAUUCUGGAAACUCCUUCCCUUAAGUCCUUUAACAUUUUCUUGGUUUCAUUUGUUUGUUUUCCCCCUCGGCUACCUAAUCUCUAUUACAUCUUUCUAGAGUUCCUGCUGUUUCUGUUAUAGACAUUUUAGACUGAGUCUUCGAUAUACUCAUUUUUUCACCUUUAUUUUUUGCCUUUUUGUUGAACUUUGUGGGAGAUUUACUCAUCUAGAUCUUCCAGUUCUCCAUUGACUUUUACAUUUCUCUUUUAAUUUCUAGGAUUUUUGUUGUUCUCUGUGUUUUCUGUGAGACUCUGCUCUUGUUUGUGGUUUUAGCAUCUUAUAUCUUUGAGGAUAUUUGUGAUAAUUUCUUUUUUUCUUCAGUAAUGGAUUGCCUCCAAAGUUGUUCUUUCCUUUCUUUUUUUUGAUCUCAAUCAUGUUAGAGAUAUUUUUUCAGAUGUCUGUUUGUUCUUGGUUGUGUUUUUUAUGGUAUUAUUAUACGGGAGCUCCCAAAUUGCUUCUAUAAAAUGCUUCCUGACUAUUCUGUUUAUUAUUUUUUCAUAAUCUUUCUUGGAGGGGCUAGUUUAAGUUGAAAUUGGGGAGGAUUAUCUGGAUAAAUUUUUACUCCCCUGUGAAGACAGGAGGGUUUUGUACUCUGUGUAGUUUUCCUCACCAGGAUUGGUGGGCAGUAGCACAUUUGUUGUAAUAAAAUGUGAGGCAGAGGAGACGUGAGCUGCUGAGAAGGGAAAAUUUAGGGAUUUCUGAGAUCAGAACACAUCUUCUCUUAGCCAACCCUUAAAUGUUCUUUUAUUUUGCAGUAUGUAUAUUUUAUCCUGGUAAACUAAUACCAAGGGUAGUACUGCCAGAGAAAAUAUAGGACUCUCGGUUACAUUUAAAUUUCAGAUAGACAACAAAUCAGGUUUUAGUAUCAAUAUGUUCCAAAUAUUGCAUGGGACAUAAUGCUACUAAAAAUGACUGCUUUCCUGAAAUUCAAAAUAACCGGGAGUAAACAGCCUACAGUCUCUGUGGGGGAUUGGUUCUAGGAUCCCCCAUGGGUACCAAAACCUGUGGAUGCUCAAUCCUUUAUAUGAAGUGGUGUAUUGUUUGAAGAUAACCUAUGCACAUCCUCCCUAUACUUUAAGUCAUCUCUAGAUUAGUUGUAAUACCUAAUACAAUGUAAAUUGCUAUGUAAAUAGUUGCAAAUAAAAUGUAAAUGCUAUGUAAAUAGUUGCUGGGUGUGGAGCAAAUUCAGUUUUGCAUUUUGGAACUUUCUGAAGUUUUUAUUUUUUCUUUUCAAAUUUUGCUUGAACCUGUGGAUGUGGAACCCAUGGAUAGGAGUGCCAACUAUAUUGUAUUUUUUAAUUAAAGUUAUAUUUUGAGAUCAUUGUAAAUUCACAUGCAGUUUUAUGAAAUAUCACGGAGCUUUCCUGUACCCUUCACCCAGUUUCCUCGAGUGGUAACAUCUUGCCAAACUUUACUGCAAUGUCACAACCAGGAUUGACAUCAAUACAGCCAAGAUAAAGAGCAGUUCCAUCACCACAACUCUUCCUCCUGUUGACCUUUCACAGCCACGUCUGCUUCUCCUUUCCCACCAGACUAAACCCCUGGCGACCACUAAUCUGUUCUCCUUUUCUAAACUUUGUCAUUUUGAGAAUGUUAUAUAAAUAAAAUUGUACAGUAUGUAACCACUAGAGAUUGGCUUUUUUCCCACUCAGCCUAAUUCUCUCAACAUUCAUCCAAAUUGUUUCCUGUAUCAGUAGCUCUUUUUUAUUGCUAAGUAGUAGUCUAUGAUAUGGAUGUACCACAGUUUGUUCAAACAUUCACCUGUUGGAGGAUAUCUGGGUUGUUUCUAGUUUGGGGCUAUUAUAAAUAAAGCUGCUAAGUACAUUCAUGUACA